CAAACCAACCCAUCGUCUCGUCGUCUCUUCCUCCCUCCUCCGCGUCGUCGUCGUCGUCUGUCUCCCCCCUCUCCCUCCCAUCUCCCCCGCGCCCCCCUUUAUAUUACAACCGCAUCGCGAUUGCACUGACCACCGCCUCGAAUCCGCCGCCCUCCGCUACUCGAACCCGACUCACCGGCGCCCGCUCCCGCCUGGCUCCAGGGCCCAUUCGUCGACCCGUCGCCGGCGAGAGCGCGCCCCCGAGGCCUUCAAACCCUUCCGCUGAAGCGAAGCGCGCCACCUCGGAGGAAUUGUAGCCGUCCUCAGUGCUCGGGGCGGAGAUCCGACCGGACUUGGGGUUGGUUCCUCCUUUCUCUCGAUUGGAGGCGCUGAAAGCGUAUACGUGAAGCUCCUGGGGACAUGGACAUGGCAUUGCCCGUUGUGAAUGCCACAGCGGCGGUGCUCGCUCGGGUCUCGGCUGCGUUUAAUGCCCCUCUUGCCCGUGCCGUCGUCUUCGGGGUCCAUAUUGAUGGGCAUUUGGUUGUGGAAGGGCUUCUUAUUGCAGUCAUAGUGUUUCAGCUCACCAGGAAGAGCUACAAACCCCCAAAGAAGCCACUCUCUGAAAAGGAGAUUGAUGAGCUAUGUGAUGAAUGGGAGCCAGAGCCUCUAUGCCCCCCGAUCAAGGAGGGCGCCAGAAUUGACACUCCAAUGCUGGAAAGUGCUGCCGGACCACAUACGAUCGUUGAUGGUAAAGAAGUUGUCAACUUUGCGUCUGCAAACUACCUCGGUUUAAUUGGCAAUGAGAAGAUUAUUGAUUCUUGCGUUGGUUCACUGGAGAAAUAUGGUGUUGGGUCUUGUGGUCCACGUGGCUUUUAUGGAACAAUUGAUGUCCACCUUGACUGUGAAGCAAAAAUAGCUAAAUUCCUGGGAACUCCAGACUCCAUUCUGUAUUCAUAUGGGAUUUCUACAAUAUUCAGUGUGAUACCUGCCUUUUGUAAGAAAGGAGACAUCAUAGUCGCUGACGAGGGUGUUCAUUGGGCAGUGCAAAAUGGUCUCCACCUAUCAAGAAGUACAGUGGUGUACUUCAAGCACAACGAUAUGGCUUCACUUGCAAGCGCUUUGGAAAAACUUACUCGUGGAAAUAAACGUGCUGAAAAGAUUAGACGCUACAUUGUUGUAGAAUCCAUUUACCAGAAUUCUGGCCAAAUUGCCCCCUUGGAUGAGAUUGUCAAGUUGAAAGAGAAAUAUCGGUUCCGUGUUAUUCUGGAGGAGAGUCAUUCUUUUGGGGUGCUUGGCAAGUCUGGGCGUGGCCUUGCUGAACAUUAUGGAGUUCCUAUUGAAAAAAUUGAUAUCAUCACUGCUGGAAUGGGAAAUGCAUUAGCCACUGAUGGUGGCUUCUGUACAGGAAGUGUCAGAGUUGUUGAUCAUCAGCGUCUAAGCAGCUCUGGGUAUGUUUUCUCUGCCUCUCUGCCACCUUAUCUUGCCAGUGCUGCUGUUUCUGCUGUCAACUACCUGGAGGAGAACCCGUCAGUUCUUGCAAACCUAAGGAGCAAUAUUGCUCUUUUGCAUAAAGAACUAUCGGAUACUCCAGGGCUUGAAAUUUCCAGCCAUGUUCUGUCACCUAUUGUUUUCCUUAAGCUGAAAAAAUCAACAGGUUCUCCUACCACUGACCUAGAUCUUCUUGAAACUAUUGCUGAGAGGGUCUUGAAGGAAGAUUCAGUUUUCAUUGUGACAUCGAAGAAGUCAAAUCUUGAUAGGUGCAAACUUCCCAUUGGAAUCCGCCUGUUUGUAUCAGCUGGCCAUGCUGAAUCAGACAUCUCCACACUUUCCUCGUCCUUGAAGAGGGUUUCUGCGUCAGUUCUUUCACACUACUUUUGAUCCACACCAGAUUCCCUUGAAAGACGAAACGGAUCCCUUUCUACGUGAUGUGUACCCUAUGCCGUGUGCGUUUGGUAAAUGUACAUAAUCUGUACAUUUCUACAUGUGAUGAAUUGAUCUUCUUGUUGCUCAUACCUACAGUACUUGCAAAAUAAAUUUUAAAAUUUUGUAGAACAGUGAUGUUGAAGAAUAGUGCGUUUGGGCUGUACAUCCUGCUGAUUUCCAUAUGUAAUCAUUUUUCCCUGUCCCUGUA